GGCGGGGCCGGGGUCUUUUUCUAGGAGCCCGCGCGCCCCCAGCGCCGCAGCCCCAUCCGCCUUCGACCUCGCUCGCAGCCGCUCCACGCCGCCCACUCUCCCGCCGCCAUGGAGGCCGCCGAGCAGCUGCUGGUGGACAGCCCCGAUGUGACCUACAGCCCCGACGCCAUCCAGGCCCAGUACGACUACCGGACCAGCAGCGUCCGACGGGAGGGCGGCGUGCUCAAGGUGCGCCCUUCCACGACGCGCUUCUCCUUCCGCACCGCCCGCCAGGUGCCCCGGCUCGGCGUCAUGCUGGUGGGCUGGGGCGGCAACAACGGCACCACGCUCACCGCCGCCGUUCUGGCCAACCGCCUGCGCCUGUCGUGGCCCACGCGCAGCGGCCGCAAGGAGGCCAACUACUACGGCUCGCUGACGCAGGCCGGCACGGUGAGCCUCGGCCUGGACGCUUCGGGCCGCGAGGUCUUCGUGCCCUUCAGCGCGCUGCUGCCCAUGGUGGCGCCCGGAGACCUGCAGUUCGACGGCUGGGACAUCUCGUCGCUGAAUCUGGCCGAGGCGAUGCGCCGAGCGCAAGUGUUGGACUGGGAUCUGCAGGAGCAGCUGUGGGGGCACAUGGAGGCACUGAAGCCCCGACCCUCCGUCUACAUUCCCGAGUUCAUCGCUGCCAACCAGAGCACGCGCGCCGACAAUGUCAUCCUGGGCUCGCGUGCAGAGCAGCUGGAGCAGAUCCGCAGGGACAUCCGCGACUUCCGCAGUAAGGCCGGCCUGGACAAAGUGAUCGUCAUGUGGACAGCCAACACGGAGCGCUUCUGCGAGGUGUCCAGGGGCCUCAACGACACGGCUGAGAACUUGCUCCGCACCAUCGAGCUAGGCCUGGAGGUGUCUCCGUCCACACUCUUCGCCGUGGCCAGCAUCCUGGAGGGCUGCGCCUUCCUCAACGGGUCCCCGCAGAACACACUGGUGCCCGGCGCCCUUGAGCUAGCCCGGCAGCACCACGUCUUCGUAGGCGGGGACGAUUUCAAGUCCGGGCAAACCAAGGUCAAGUCUGUGCUGGUGGACUUCCUCAUCGGCUCAGGCCUCAAGACCAGGUCCAUCGUGAGCUACAACCACCUGGGCAACAAUGACGGGCGCAACUUGUCUGGGCCGCUGCAGUUCCGCUCCAAGGAGGUGUCCAAGAGCAACGUGGUGGACGACAUGGUGCUCAGCAACCCGGUGCUCUAUGCAGAGGGCGAGGAGCCCGACCACUGCGUGGUCAUCAAGUAUGUGCCUUUUGUGGGGGACAGCAAGCGCGCCCUGGACGAGUACACUUCGGAGCUGAUGCUGGGUGGCACCAACACGCUGGUGCUGCAUAACACCUGUGAGGACUCGCUGCUGGCUGCGCCCAUCAUGCUGGACCUGGUGCUGCUGACCGAGCUCUGCCAGCGCGUCACCUUCUGCACGGAGCUCGACCCCGAGCCCCAGGGCUUCCACUCGGUGCUGUCCCUGCUCUCCUUCCUCUUCAAGGCGCCGCUUGCGCCACCCGGCAGCCCCGUGAUCAACGCGCUCUUCCGCCAGCGCAGCUGCAUCGAGAACAUUCUACGCGCCUGCGUGGGGCUCCCGCCGCAGAACCACAUGUUCCUGGAGCACAAGAUGGAGCGGCCAGUAGUGAUACACGAUGAGCCCGGGGUCGCUGCCUGCGCCCAGCCUCUCCAGGAAGCAGCAGCCAACGGGCACUCACAGGCCGAGGAGCCCGAGAUCAACUGA